AUAUCUGACUAUUUGAAAAGUAAAAUAACUGUGUGGAAAAAGUCAAAUAAUUUUAAUUUGUAUUACAAAUCAUUCAUAAGACAAUUAAUGACAUGACUGGAAGGCGAUUCACACCCCCUGACUAGGUGGCAGUAGCACAUGGAGUGAGGAUUGUCUCUGGUUGCCUGCACACUUCUUUGUCAGCCAGCGCUCGUGUAUUGUUUUGAGCCGCGGCUGCUCCAGCGCAGGACCUGUCAGGAGAUGCGCGAUCUGCGCAGAAUCUGCGCUCGGGAGAUGCGUGACCUGGUGACGUCUUUUCCGGAUGAGUUCACGCAGAUGGGAUUUUGGACAGGCGUACGUGAACCCACCCCCUGUGUCAACCUAGCAUCAGCUGAUCAUUUAUACCCGUUCAAACUGCGGUAGCACUCGUUUGGGAUACAGAUGUAAUAAUGCGUGUGUUUAUCAGCUGUUACGAUAGUUGUUACUCGUUUCAAAUAUAAAUUGAUGUUGAUUGGCGGGAUUGUAGAUUAUGAUUCGACCAACUGCACUGGAUUAACUGGAUUUCAAACACCGGCGGUCAGGGCUGCUGUUUUAUCUGAACAUUUAUUAUUACAUUUGGAAAACAUGUCUGGACCAAAUGGAGAUCCCAACGUUUCCAUAGGAAUAGACGAAGAGGAGGAGUUUGGCGAAGAAGAGUAUGCAGCAAUCAACGCCAUGCUGGACCAGAUCAACUCAUGCCUGGACGACCUGGAGGAGCGCAACGACAGUCUCAACACCAAGCUGAAGGAGCUGCUGGAGUCGAACCGGCAGACGAGGCAGGAGUUCAGGCAACAACUGAGCGAGGGGCCGGCCCAGACCCCGCCAUCACCCCCACCACCAUCAUCUGAGCUGGGGGGCAGGGAGGAGCAAUGAGGAGGAGCCCAUGAAGCUGACCUCUCAACCUCCAAGGACUAGAGGAGUCAGGGAGGGAGAGCAGGACUUCAAGUAGAAACUGGGUGAGGCUCCAACAACAGAAAAGAGGUCAGAAACUAUAGACUUGGUCCUGAGGUUCAUGGGACAGAAAAUACCAAUAUACUUUCCAAAGGAAAACAAAAUAGCAAGUAUAUAAUAAAUGCAUUGUUAGUUCAGCAACUUCACAUUCCAGGAUGUGGCUAGUACUGCAUCUACAGGUAGUAAUACCGUUAACCCUGCAACAACAACUACUUCAGUUUAUAUAUAGCGCCUUAUCAAAUACAAUAUCUAAAAGAGAAAUAAACAAACCAAUCAUAAAAUCAGGACAUAAACUCAAAAACCAGAUUUGGCUAUAAAAGCUUCUCAAGGGCCUUAACCAAAUGUGAGACCGAACAGAUAAAUCUUUAGACCUUUUUUAACCUAUCGACUUACUGGCAGUUCCUGAUGUCAACGGAGAGGUCAUCCCAUAGCACAGGAGCCAGGUAGCUAAAGGAACAACCACUGAGACCAGCCCAUUUCACAUCAGGAACUACCAGCAGGUCAGCCUGGGAGGAUCGAAGGGUACGAACCGCAGAUAUCCAAGAUUCAGUGUCUGCAAGACACUCAGUAAGCACUAAUGUAUCAGAAGAAAUGUUAGUGUUCAGUUUCAGAUAUAGUUGUGUGUCAUCUGCAUAUGAAUGAAACUGAACACUGUGUCUACAGAUGAGCUCACCCAGGGGCAGCAUGUAGAUGUUAAAGAGCAGUGAGCCCAAAACCGAGCCCUGGAGACACCAGAAUUAACAUCCAAGUGAGCUAGUGGAGAUUCACUAAAUUCAACUCCAUGAACUAUAUGACAGUCAAAAUGUUUUCUAUGGAGUUAUUUAUCUUUCUCCAUGGCACAGAUAGCCAGGACUGGGUUUAUUAAUUCCAAUCCCCAUCACAAUCUAUAUGUAUGGGGCCUUCCUGGGUACAAGAGGCAGUAAAAUAACCCACAUUGAUGGCUUUACUAGACUGCUAAACUGUUCCCUAGCUCCCUCUAGGCCUGUCUUCUAGUGACCUACCUUUGCUGUGAAAACCCUUAGAAGUUGUGUGUGAGGGUCUCAGACCUUCAGUAAUUGUUCAAUUCAAAACUAUUAUACCUGUAUAAUACCAGGGUUACAUGUAGAGAAUAUAUAUUUUAAAAUGCUUAAUUAAUAUCUACAUUUUGUAUACUGUACAUUUACACUAUGCUAUAAGAGAAACCUUCUCAAAUAUGUGAUACUACAAACCUCAAUAUGUUUGUAUAUUACAGGAAAGGCAGCCAAUAUAAACUAAUCUGUUAUUUAAACAUUGUAUUUAAUAAAGUAAAUUGAUACUUUAACUUUGUGGGAUCUAGAUUUUUUCCUUGGAGUAUAGUGUGGCAUCGCUGUACAUUAGAUCCUCACCUGCAACAAAAGAAACAAAAUCAUAGUCCUCAUUAACUGCAAAAGUUAAGUGUAAAUGUAAUGUAUCAAAUUACAUACAUACUGCAUGUGUUCUGAUUUUUUCAAAGAAAAAAUAAUUUGGUACUAAAUGGGUUAAGACUAGGACUUUUGAAACAUCUUAUACAAGUAUGAAGUGUAAUUUUAAGACGGAUAUCUGUAGUGAGACAAUACCUGGCAUUUACAUGUACAUAAAAGUGGUUCUACCUUGUGCUGAAAAUGUCUAAGCAUGCUGUUUUAAAUAGUAAUAAAGCAAUAUAUUGUCUGGGAUUUCUUGUGACAAACUUUUUUAUUAUGUUUAGAACAAAGAUUAUUCUGAUCUGUUUGUAAGAUUGAUUUAUUGCCUGGCAGAGGACAGAUGUGUUGUAAUUAGUUUUAACACAAAUACAUUAUCUGAUGAUGUGUGACAUUGUAAUAACUGGAGGCUCAUAACUCAAGGGGUAUGACUCCAUAUCCAUUGCCUUGAGUUUUCAAUGGUAUAUUAAAACAUAUUUUGUUUGUGCA